AUGGGUUCCCUGGCGGAGGGCAACGGCAGCAACUCUUCCCCUUCGGGGGACGGGGAUGGGGAUAUUGCCGUCAUCGGGCUCUCAUGUCGCUUUCCCGGCGGUGCUUCCAAUUCAGCCAAAUUCUGGCAACUUCUCCAACAAAGAAAAUCUGCAUACAGCAAAGUGCCCGCCAGUCGAUACAACGCCGAGGCCUUCCACCAUGCCGGGGACAAAUUGAACACCCUCAGCAACGUCGGAGGCCACUUUCUCGACCAAGAUGUGUCGGGCUUCGACGCGCCCUUCUUCAACAUCACGGCCAACGAGGCCAAAGCCAUGGACCCGACCGCGCGCUUUCUGCUGGAAGUGACGUACGAGGCCCUGGAAAACGCCGGACUCGUGGUGGAAGAUCUGGCCGGCAGCGACACCAGCUGCUAUGUUGGCUGCUUCACCCGCGACUUCCACGAGAUGCUGAUGCGCGACACCGAGACCGCGCCCAUGUACGCCGGCACCGGCACCGGCUUCUCGCUGCUAUCGAACCGCGUCUCGUGGUUCUACGACUUCCGCGGCCCCAGUCUGACCCUGGACACGGCGUGUUCGUCCAGCCUCGUCGGUCUGCAUCUGGCCUGCCAGGGCCUGCGCACGGGCGAGUCCAAGUUGGCCGUGGUCAGUGGCGCCAACCUGAUCCUCAGCCCGGACCUGGCCAUCUUCCUGUCGAAUCUCCACAUGCUCUCGAAGGAGGGCUUGUCCCGGUCGUUCGCCGACGGCACCAGCGGCUAUGGGCGCGGCGAGGGGAUUGCCACCGUGGUCCUGAAGCCGUUGGCCGAUGCGCUGCGCGACGGCGAUGCCAUCCGCGCCGUCAUUCGGGGCACUGGCGUCAACCAGGAUGGCCACACCACCGGCAUCACCGUGCCGAACAGUGACGCCCAGGCCGAGCUGAUCCGGGCCACCUAUCGCUCGUCCGGCCUGGACCCGUCUCACACCACCUAUUUCGAAGCCCACGGCACCGGCACCGCGGUCGGCGAUCCCUUGGAGCUGGCCGCCGUGGCCCGCACACUGGGUGCGGCGCGACGACCCGGACACGACCCGCUCCUCAUCGGCUCGGUCAAGUCCAACAUCGGCCACUUGGAAGGCGCGGCAGGGUUGGCCGGGGUCAUCAAAUGUAUCCUGAUGUUGGAACAGGGCGUCAUUCUGCCCAACAUCCACUUUGACCGGCCGAACAAGCGGAUCCCCUUCGACACCUGGAACCUCCAAGUGCCCACGGCGUGUCGGCCCUGGCCGGCCAACUCCCUGCGCCGCGCCAGUGUCAACUCGUUUGGCUACGGUGGAACGAACGCACACGCCAUCCUCGACGAUGCCACCGAAUAUCUUGCCCUCCGAGGCCUGCGGGACGCGGCGUCCGUGUCACACGGGCAAGACAGCGAGAUCGGCGACGGGAGUCGACCUCAUGCGCAUACGCGCGCCUUCGUCGUCAGUGCCCGUGAUGAAGCGGCUCUGGAACGAAUCAGGAAACAAUACAGUGAUUUCCUCGAGUCGUAUCUGAGAGGGGAGAAAAGAGAGGGAGUGUCUGACCGGCAAAGCCAAAGACAACCCCAGGAUGAAGAGUCAGAAUCAUCCUACCUGGACCGAUUGGCCUUCACUCUGAGCGAACGGCGUUCCCAAUUCGGCUGGAAGGCUCACGUAGUGGCAUCUUCCAUCCAAGAACUCCAAGAAAAGUUGUCGGCGUCGGCCCUGCAAGCGGUGCGCUCCUCCACCAAGUCACGCAUUGCCUUUGUCUUCACCGGUCAAGGCGCGCAGUGGGCACGCAUGGGCCUCGAGCUCCUCCGGUAUCCGACUUUUCGAACCAGCGUGGUUGCGGCCGACCGGUACCUGCAGGAAUCUUUGGGCUGUGAGUGGUCGGUGAUGGAGGAGCUGGAAAAAGAGGGCGGCCAGUCCAACAUUCAACUGGCCAGGAUCAGCCAGCCGGUAUGCACCGUCUUGCAGGUGGCCCUGGUGGACCUGCUCGAGUCGUGGAAUAUCCACGCGGCCGGCGUGGUCGGUCACUCCAGCGGCGAGAUCGCAGCCGCCUACACCUAUGGAGCCAUCUCCCGCGAGGAUGCCUGGUGCAUUUCCUACUGGAGAGGCAAACUCUGCUCCGAGCUCGCGGUCGAAGCGCCCGAACUCAAGGGCUCGAUGAUGGCCGUCGGGUUGUCCCCGGAGGCGGCACAAGACUAUAUUGCCGGCCUGGCCCUGGACCGGGACGGGGGACCGGGAAGCGGGAAUGGAAAGGUGGUGGUCGCCUGUGUCAACUCACCCUCGUCCGUCACCAUCUCCGGCGACGAGGCAGCAAUCGAUCAACUCGAUGAGAAAUUGAAGGCCGACUCGGUGUUCUGUCGCAAGUUGAAGGUGGAAAAUGCCUACCAUUCUCAUCACAUGGCACGCAUCGCGCAUAAAUACCUCGACAAGAUUUCCCACCUCACUGCAAACGUGAAGUCGCAACCGCCGCUGCCGGUGACGAUGGUGUCCAGCGUCACCGGCGACGUGAUUACGCCCUCCGAUCUGGGGCCCGCGUAUUGGGUUCGGAAUCUGGUCUCCCCCGUCCUGUUUUCCAAUGCGGUCCAAGCCUUGUUCCGAACAGGCAGCGCGGCUCCGGGACAACGCAAACGCCGGGCCAGAGCGGCAGAUAGCAACUUCGAUGUCCUGCUCGAAGUCGGCCCACAUGCGGCGUUGAAAGGCCCGCUCCGCCAGAUCUUGCAGGACCAAGGAAUCCCCAAUGUCAGUUACAAGUCGGUGCUGAUGCGGGGAGAAGAUGCAGUGCAAACCGCCGUGGACUGUGCGGCCAGUCUCUACACGCACGGCGCAUCGGUGUCCAUCAGCGCUGUCAAUGGACUCCCGAACCAGAGCCAGAUCCAAGCCAAACCCAGCCCGAGGCCGAGGCUGAAGCCGAUGACCGACCUGCCCCCGUACCCGUGGAACCACUCGCUGAAAUACUGGUCGGAAUCCCGCCUGAGUAAGAACUACCGGUUCCGCGAACACGGGCGGCAUGAUCUGCUGGGCGCUCUGGCGCUGGGAUACAAUGAACUCGAGCCCAAGUGGAGGAACUUUCUGCGAGUCUCGGAGAAUCCGUGGAUUCGAGACCAUGUCGUGCACUCGACCAUUCUGUACCCGGCGGCCGGAAUCAUCGCCAUGCCUCUGGAAGCGAUCAAGCAGAUCGCCGACAAAGACAGAACCAUGGAGCAGAUCCAGAUGAAAGACGUGCACAUCACCAAGGCCAUCGUCGUGCCGGACGACCAGGCCGGGGUCGAAUGCUUCCUUCAACUGCGGCGGCAACGAGCGGGAGCGCAUCGUUGGACCGACUGGUGGGAAUUUGCUGUCUUCACCAGCCUCGAAGACCAGCAGACCGAGGAGAACGGGUUCGGGCUGGUGAGGAUCCAGUACAGAGACGAUCCAGCUGAGGGCUCGAACCAGAACCAGGACCAGCCAUGGGCGCAGGCACUCCACCAGACCACCGCCGCCCUCCAACAACAAUACGAGGAGUGCAAGACCAGGUGCACGCAUCGAAUCGACCCUAAGGACUUCUAUGCGGCCACCAAGACGGCCGGCUUGAACUAUGGCCCAUCUUUCCAGGGUCUGACCGAGAUUGUAACGGGCAGCAGCAGCAGCAGCAACAGCAACAGCAACUGCUGCUGCGUCGCAGUCGCCGUUCCCGACACCAAGGGAACCAUGCCCGCCAACAUUGAAAGUCCGCAUACCAUCCACCCGACGACGCUCGACAUCAUCUUCCAUUCUCUGUUCUCCGCCCUGGCGGUUGACGGAGAGCUGGACUUUGACAACGCGGCGGUCCCUGUCUCCUUUGAAAGCCUGAGUUUUGCAUUGGAUCUCCCAUGUGGAGCAGAGGCCAGAUUCCACGGCUUCUGCACCGCCAGGAAGGACGGGCCCCGUGAGAUCGUCGCCGAUAUCUGUAUGUUCGACGACACUCGGCAGGAGCCGAAGGUGCAAGUCAAGGGCCUGCGCUGUCGGGAAUUGCCUGGAGCCGGAGCCGGAGCCACCACAUCGGCCUCUCUCAAAGCGCCAUUCGGGACGCUUGUGUGGAAACCUGACAUCAACCUGUGUUCCGAGCAGAGUCUGCAACGGUAUUUGAGUGAGCCGCCGUCGAGUACACAUACACAUACAUUGCAAGCCCAAUUCCACAAGGUGGUCGACUUGAUUGCGCACAAGAAUCCCGAGUUGUCAAUCCUUCAGUUAGGGGGCAGCUUCUCAACCACCCAGGGAGUCCUGUCCGUCUUGGCCGACGGACCACUGGACACUGCCCGUUUCUCAAAGUUCCUCGUCGCAGUCGCAGGAGCGGACUCGGACUCGGAAGCAGCCACAGCUGACGAGUUUAAGGAGACUUUCGAAAGCUGGGGGUCAAAGCUCGCCUUGACCACAUUGAACCAAGACCAAGACCGAGGCUUGCUAGUAGAUGGUCAGCCAGUGGAGACUGGAUCUUUUGACCUCAUCAUCGCAGCAGCCAACAUCGGUGGCCAAGCCCAAAAGGCACAGCUCUUCCAGCACGCCCAAAAGCUCCUGCGAAAUGGAGGGGUUCUGCUGACCCUCGACCCAUCGAUCGAAGUGUCGAGCUGGGAAACCACUGUGGUGGAGGCAGGUCUCUCUCCGGUCGGCGUGUUUCACGAAGCGAACUCGGAAACGAGUGUGUCUCAACCAACCGUGGGCCUGCGCCUGGCAACCAAAACAUAUGCCAAACAAACAGAGACAGACAUAAACUCGGAGACCGUCUAUGUCAUUUGUCCUCCGCAGCAGCGGCAGACCGGCAAAACGUCCGACACUUGCGACGCUGUGAUCAAGAGCCUUUCCAACUUGAAUGGGCCCAUGCCAGCCCAGGUGAGGGGUGUGGCGUGGCCUCCAAACACGCAUGAAUUGAAGGGAAAGCGUAUCAUCUCCCUUUUGGAGCUUCAAGCCUCUUUCUUGGCCAACAUCUCAGCUCUGGAUUAUGAGCUGUUGAGACCCGUCAUUCUGGGUAGUGCUUCGUUCCUCUGGGUGUCCAUGGGGAACGACCCCAGCUUGGCAGCUCCCGUGGGUUAUUUGAGAGUGUUGAAGAACGAGAACCCGACCCUUGAGCUUCGUUACUUACUGCUGGAAGACAAGACUGCCAGAGGGGUCGAUGAGCUUGCACAGAUCAUCACCCACGUUGCACUGGAUCCAAAUCCAGACCGGGAGUUCACCGAGAUGGAUGGCCAGCUCUGCAUCAGUCGAUGGGCACCCAGUCAGAGUAUGAGCCGGAUGAUCCAGGAACUGGAAGAGGACACCGACACCGUGAUACCUGAAAUCAUGGCACUGGGUGCCACCAAGACAGCAGUCCGAAUCGUCACACCAAGCCCCAGCCCCAGCCCCGGCACCGGCUCCGAACAGGCUGUUGUGUAUUUCACCACCGAUGACGACAUGGAGCUGGCCGGAGAGAUCCCUCUCCAAGGUGACGAAGUCGAAAUUGUGACCCGAGCCGUGGCACUGAUCACGCCAGGCGGGUUGUCCACAAAAGAGUUCAGUGGCAUAGUGAAGUCGGUCGGUGCGGAUUGUUCCCGAAUCAAACCCGGAGACCGCGUCUAUGCGUGCCAAAGCGGUCCGUAUCGAUCAGUGUAUCGAGUCAAAGAAGGCCUCUGCCAUGGCAUUCCAGGCGGCCAAACGUUCGAAGAGGCAGCCACCUGGCCGGUCACUUUUGGAACAGCCUAUCACAGCCUGGUGCGGGUGGCCCACAUUCGACGUGGACAAUCCAUCCUGAUCCAGGCGGCGUCCAGUGCGGUCGGUCAAGCAGCAAUCCAGAUCUCUCAAGCCCAAGGAGCGGUGGUCUUUGCCACCGUGCGGAAUGAAGAGGAAAGCCAGUUGGUCGAGAAGAAGUACGGCAUUCCAAAGCAACGGAUCAUCCACGACGCCGAUCGCGACUUGAGUGCGACGGUCAGCAGGCUCUCGGGAGGGAGAGGGUUCGAUGUCGUCCUCAACACCUCCACCUCCACCUCAAAUGACAACCAAGGCCGCCUUCAAACACUCUGGCGUGGCGUGGCACCCUUUGGCCACCUCAUAAGCACCGUGUCAAGCUCGGGCAAUUCUUCAACUGGGCCUGGGUUGGGUUUGGAUAUGGCCCCCUUUCAAAAAGGAUGUACUUUUUCCGUGGUCGACCUAGACCUUGUUCUGCGAGAGAGCCCGUCCUUGAUGGCCGAGAUAUCCAUGGAACUGGCGGGACAAUUGAUCAUACAGCCGCCACAGCCCGUUCAUCUUCUCCACGUCUUCUCCGGCGAACACGUCGGUGAAGCGUUCGAGUUCGUCCAGCGCUCAGGCCCCUCUUCCUCCUUGUCUUCCGGCCAGACCGUGCUCUCCUUGAACGAACAGGACCAGGUUCCCAUCCAUCCCGCCGCGAGAAACCCUCUCCGUUUGUACCAGGAUGCCACCUAUGUCGUGGUGGGUGGCACAGGCGGUCUUGGUCGAAGCUUGGCCCGGCUUCUGGUCGAUCAUGGGGCACGACACUUGGUGUUCAUCUCCCGAUCCGGACUCAAGUCGGCGAGUGCCCAGUCCUUGGUCAAUGACAUCCGCUCGCGGGGCGUCGAGGUCAAGGCAUAUGCCUGUGAUGUCUCGGAUGAGGCGGCCAUGAGACAGGCGAUCGACCAGGUCUCGCAGGAGAUGCCGGCGGUGCGCGGGGUGAUUCAAAGUGCAGCAGUGCUUAACGACGCCAUCUACGACAACAUGACCCACGAGCUCUGGGAAGGUGCCACACGGCCCAAGAUCCAAGGCACCUGGCUGCUGCACCGAUUGCUUCCCAAGAACAUGGACUUUUUCGUCAUGCUGAGUUCGAUUGCCGGCGUGGUGGGCAAUCGAAGCCAGGCCAACUAUGCCGCGGGCAACACGUUCCAAGACGCCCUAGCCCGGUUCCGACGCGACCAGGGCCUCGCCGCCGUCGCCGUGGAUUUGGGUCUCAUGUUGGGCAUAGGCCUCAUUGCCGAACGAGGAGGAUUCACCAACCUUCGCAAGUCGGAAGCGGUCGGUCUCAACGAACCCGAGUUUCAUGCCAUCAUGACCGCCGCCAUGGUGGGGGCUUAUGGACAGACCCCAACCCCGGCACAGUUGGUGACGGGCUUGCCCACCGGGGGCAUUCUUCAUCGCCAGAGUCUCAACCCGCCCUUCUACUACGAUGAUCCUCGGUUCUCGUUCCUGAGACGGAUGGAUCUGGAGGCGGCCUUGCGAGAAGGUGGAGCGGAUGGCCACGGGUCCCACGACGCAGGGGUUGGUGUCAGCCUCGCAGCGCAGCUCGCGGAAUCCAAGUCUCUCCGUGAGGCGUCGAAGGUGAUUGCCGAUGCAUUGUGUGCGUUGCUGGCCAAAGGAUUGCAGACGGAGGCCGAGAAUAUUGACACCAACAAACCCUUGCAUUCAUACGGCGUCGACUCCCUAAUGGCCGUGGAGAUCCGGACCUGGAUUCUACAACACAUCAAGGCCGAAAUCAAAUUGUUUGAUGUGCUGAGUGGAGGCAGUAUUUCGGCGUUGGCGACCAAGAUUGCGACAGUAUCCAAAUUGACCCCGACAGGAUUGGAAUAG